GGAGCUAGGAGUGACGAUCUUUCUCCUGGGCAGGUGGGCCAGCUUUAAAACCUCCUUUGACACACGUUGUCUGCACCAAACACAGCCUGGUACAAGCGUCCCACCAACGGAGUCAUUCCUGAGUCACGUAGUGCUAAGUGGGGGGGGGGCAGGAGUGUCACAGGGGUCAGGAACGGUUCUGGGUUCGAGCAGGUCUGGGUGGCUUUUCCUCUGGGGGUUCUGUCACAUGCUGUUGAUCCUGUUAAUAAUGCGAAUAAUUUCCAGUAGUCAUAAAAAGUAGCAACGAGGCCAUGAAAGAAAUUCAUAGCGGUUCAGUGCAUCUGUGAUCCGCCCUGUGCCGCCUACACCCUCAGGUCAAUGAGACUUUAUUGGCACAACAAACUCUUCAGGUAUUGCCAAAGUAUAGGAGAGUCAGAGCCUUCCAGAAUAUGUUUCGGGCAGGUGUGACCCGGCCGCUGUGGGGUGUGUGCCCCACUGGAGAGCUAAUCCCCUCUCGCCACGUGUCAUUAUGUUCAUUAAUGGGUUGCUACAUAGUGCCAGGCCAUCCCCACCCAUCCUCUGGCUCCUCUCUCCCCAGGUUGGGCAGUUUUUCCGCAUUGCCCUUGGAACAGACGUCUCUUCUGCUGCUGGAUAAUCGGUGGAGAGAUUUUUCUCACAUUUCAUUGUAUUCUAGACACUGAGGAGAAAGCGAAUCUGUCCCACUGGCUGCGCAGUCUCUUCUCUCUGGGUUCAGACUGUGCUUUGUAACAGCCAGUCUCCCCCUCAUGGAGCCUGCCUUAGCUGUGAAUGCUUCACUGCAGAGUGUCCAGCGUUGGUUUUCAAGGAAUUUGGACCUAUUGGAAGCUCCUACUACCCUAAUGCCAUGAAUAUUGAGGUGAACAAUGUGGAAGAAAAAGCUGUCCACUCUUGGUCAAGAAUCUCUUCUGCGGGACAGAAAGCCCUGGAGGAAGCCCUCCGAGUCUUCAACCCCAUGUCCAAGGACCUUUCAGACACUGAGACCCAGCUGGUGGCCUUUCUCCAAGGCCUCAAGGAGGAAGGCCACCAGCCCACAAUCUUAAGGAGCAAGGAUGUGUAUGGGUACAGCUCCUGCACGGCGGCUACUCCCAGCCAGACACACGAGAGCACACAAGACAGUUCAAGCACCAGCGCUGCUGUCACUGACUGUAAAGCUCCGGUUAGAAGCCCUGCAGUGACAGCAGAGAUGCCUGGGACACUUGCGGGGGUUUCAGUCCGCUCUCCUAAUGUCCGCACCAAGCCUGUCUCGAAAGGAAGUUCCACAAACCUGCUGCUGAACUCAUUGAAAGAAACACGGUCAGGCACAUCGAAGGCCUCAGCAAUGGGCUUCCCAGCUAAUAUGUACCCUGACGUGUAUCCAGCCAUGAGACUCUCUGUCGUUCUGGAAGCCUUGGUCCCAUUGAAAGCCACAGCAUCCUGUUUGGAGUCCAAAUACAAACCAGGGCAUCUUGGAAUCUCCCCCUCGGACCUGAAGCUCCUCAAGGCAUCGGGUGCCUCGAGGCAGAACACUAAGCUACCCUCGGGGCAGUUAGACCCCAAAGGCUAUAAACACAUAGUUAAGAAAGCGCCAGAAUCUCCCGCUCUAGCUGUAACACUUCUGAAGGGAACUAAAGGUGGGGUGCUAAAGGAGAGUAAUGCUUGCAAAGCAUCUGGAAUCCUGAAUGGCAGGAUUACAGGUAGCUCAUCUCAGUGUUGCAGUGGGGGGUCACAGUCCAAGGCCUUUAAAAAUAAAGCCAAGGAAGUUCCAGUGGGGAGAACUGAAUGGAAAGACAGCAGUAGUCAGGAAACCGUUGGGCAGAAAAGGAAAAGAGCCGAGGAGGCAAAAGAAGCACCACAGAAGAAGAAGAAAAAUGCCAUGAAUAAACCUGAACUAGGUCAGAGCACUUUGAACCUGCUGAGAUCCCGGGCCAUUAAGGUGGACAGCUCGUCAUCAGACGAUGAAGUGAGGCGGAGAGCACAGAAGAUCCUUAGGGUUAACCUGUCCCCUGUGAUCAAAAUUCAGCCAUUGUCCCCCUCUCACAAUGUCCCCUGAGUUCCUUCCUUUUGUCACUUUUCUCUUAAAUACAUAAGUGUGAACCAGCUGCCAGGCUGUGGAAACAUGUAAGAGCCACUUCCAUUCUCUAGUGUCCGGCAACAGUAUCAUACCCGGUACCUGCAGACUUUGGGCAGCUUGCUCCACGGCUGUUGCUGGCUGCCUGGUGACAUUCUGCAGAGUUGGACUGCACGAGUACAAACCCAUGUUUAGAAAUACAGGACAAUGACUCCCAGCCCCCGUGGUGAGCUGAGCGAAACCAGGUGCUAGCGUUCUGUGCUGUGCUUUUUUGAACGUGGUGGAGCGUACGUCUGUGCAGUGGGGAGCGCGUGACUUUCUCAUGACGUUCAUGCACUGUGAUAUUUUGUUCUUUUUCAAGCUGUACAUUUAUUGGUUUUAUUUUGAUCAAAUUUUAUAUCUUUAUUAUAUAUCUAUAUAUCUAUACACACACAAUGCCCUGGCACUAUCUGAAGACACAUUUCCUCCGCCCCUCUGGAUUUGGGUUCAAUACCUUUUAUUUUUUACCUGCCAUCAGUCAGUCUUUUGUCGAAAGGUACCAGGGUUUCUUUCCCAUCGUCAGUGUUGUUACCCGUCUGUUCUGGGCUCUCUUGAGAAGCUCAGAAGCAGGCAGAAUUAUAGCCACACAUUUGUCUCUGGAAACACCAUGCCGGAUGGAGACUUACCAGCUCAUAGUUGAGUUGAGUUCAGAUGACCUCUUCAAAGAAAAUGGAAAGUAGGGGAGGGUUGAUUGGGCUGUUAGCGCUGAGUCUAUCUGAUGGCUCUCUGGGUGCCGUCCCCUUUCGCUAUUAGCAGAAACGCUAAACGCUUCCUGCGGGUUUGCUUCCAAAGAGCGCCACGGGAAAGGUGCUGUUAUGCCCUGUUUGUUAACAUAAAAAAUGAAUUUGUGGCUGGUUGUCGACCCACGAUCUGGGGCUGCCAAUCCGCGGAUACUUGUUAUUUCCUGGCCAGACUGUCACCACUUGCGUGCUGCUGAACAUUCCAGUGACUUUCGGGUUAGGUCGAGACCUCACCCACUGUGAUUCUGAAUGUAUCGAGUGUUUGCUAACGUUCUGCUGGCUCCAGUGGAAUGGGUAUGGAUGAGAACCAGAGCACAGCAGCAGCAGGUUCAUAAAACGAGUUUCCAGCAAUUUUUUUAACAUUUCAAGAGAAUACGGUAUUAGUUUCCGGGGAGUGGUUUGCGCGGGGUUAAGCCACUGUAUAUUUAUUUCUCGUCCUGGAUUUCAGAUUUGCCAGCUCUUCUGGGAUUUUAGGGUGGUGAUCUGCUGCAGGGUAUAAAAUCUUUCUCUGCA